AUGGACAAUGAAGAAGAGAAACGAAUCUCUGCUAAAGUAGGCGAUUUAUCUGCUCAGUUGAUCACUGCUAUUGGUAAACAGUCUGAAUUGGAAGAACAGCUUUUUUUGGUCACUAAAAAAUUCGAAAACGAAAGAAAAAAAAACUUAUCCUUAUCUAAUUUACAGAACGAUUACCAAUUCCUCUUGAAGCAACAUCAAUUAAUAUCAAAAGAAAAUACUGAAUUAAAAUCUGAAAACGUUAAAUUAUCAAAUUUGAAAAAUGCUUCGGAUUUGGAAGUUAAAAACUUGAGUAAAGAAGUUGAUGAAUUAUCCACUCAAUUAUUCUCUGAAGCAAACAAAAUGGUGUCGGAUGCUAAAAGUGAAACUGAAUCUUACAAAAGGAAAAACAUCAAUUUAAUCAAUGAAAUUAAUGAAAAGGAUUCGUUGUUAUCAAACUAUUCUGAUCAAUUGAAAAAUUUAAAAUUAGUGCUA